GCAUUGGCAAGAGCUUGGCUACCUCAUUAUCUACGUCACGGGCCGGCCCGACAUGCAGAAGCAGAGAGUGGUCGCCUGGUUGGCACAGCACAACUUCCCCCACGGGAUUGUCUCCUUCUGCGAUGGGCUGGUUCACGAUCCCUUGAGGCACAAGGCCAACUUCUUGAAAUCGCUUGUCACAGACCUGGACAUGAAGAUCCAUGCGGCCUAUGGCUCCACCAAGGAUGUCUCUGUCUACACGUCCAUCAACCUGUCCCCUCCACAGAUCUACAUUGUCGGAAGGUCUACCAAAAAGUUACAGAACCAAUGCCAAGUAAGAUCCUUUUUAUUGUAAGGGGUCAAAGCCCACUCUCCACCGUCAAUAAAUCUUGUAGAAGAAAGGUUAACCGGCUCACCUUAGGUGAAGACCCAGGGCGUGGCACAAAAGCAAUCUAACCAGAGAACAGGUCUAACUCCCUUUUAUUGCCCCAACUGUGGCCCCAAACAUCCCCACUUUCACUACAAAUCCUGGGGGAAA